UGGAGCUGCGGCUCGUGUAGCGAGUGAAGGUUGGACCCAUCAGAAGCGUCUCUACAGCGGUCAGGGUCAGUUUCUUCCUCGUUUUUAACAUCUCUGUCAUUCAUGUCAGUGGUUCACCUGCAAGUGAUGCGUUGGUGCUGCGUUCGCGGACCCUUGUCAAGAGCCUAACGUCCUCCUAAGACCAUGGGACUCUGAACAGGGAAGAUGCCGCACUUGUACCACAGGAUGAGACGGCUGCGAUUCUCCCUCGUAUGCCACAGGACCACCCUGUUCUCAACACUUGCUGUGACUCCAGCUUCAAGGACAUGUUGCCGGAAUUCAAGGAUCGAGGGGAGGACUGUCAGCACGGCCCUCAACCACCACAUUCAGGACCUCAGUGCCCCGGAACAGAGGCUUCUAAAUAAACUGUAUGAAGGGUUAAUCGGCGGUCAGAGGGCUUCGUUGGCCGAGUCCAUUACCCUGGUAGAGACUCAGCAUCCCAGGAAGAAGGAGCUCGCUCAGGUGCUACUACAGAAGGUUUUGGCCUACAAGAGGGAGCAAGAGAGCCGGAACGGAGGGAGGCCAGUUGCCUUCAGAGUAGGUCUGUCUGGUCCUCCAGGAGCAGGGAAGUCGUCCUUCAUCGAGGUGGUGGGGAAGAUGCUGACAGGCCGAGGACACAAAGUGUCCGUUCUGGCCGUGGACCCGUCGUCCUGCACCACUGGAGGCUCCCUAAUGGGCGAUAAGACUCGAAUGACUGAACUGUCUCGGGACAUGAGCGCUUUCAUCAGACCGUCGCCGACCUCCGGGACACUUGGCGGAGUCACGCGGACGACCAACGAGGCCAUUGUUCUCUGCGAGGGAGCGGGAUACGACAUUGUGCUCGUGGAAACCGUCGGCGUUGGCCAGUCGGAGUUUGCGGUUGCUGACAUGGUGGAUAUGUUUGUGCUGCUAAUUCCACCAGCUGGGGGCGAUGAACUGCAGGGUAUCAAGCGCGGCAUCAUUGAAAGAGCCGACCUGGUGGUGGUGACCAAGUCUGACGGGGACUUGGUGGUUCCUGCCAGAAGGAUCCAGGCUGAAUACACCAGCGCACUCAAGCUGCUGAGGAGAACCACAAAGUCCUGGAACCCCAAGGUGGUCCGUGCCUCCUCUCACAGUGGUGAAGGCAUCCCCGAAGUCUGGGCAAAGAUGGAGUCAUACCGGGACGCCAUGCUAGCCAGCGGCGAGCUGCAGGCUCGGCGCAGGGCUCAGCAGAAAGUCUGGAUGUGGAGUUUAAUCCAGGAGAAUGUUCUCAGCCACUUUCAGAAUCACCCCAGCGUCCGAGAAACUCUGCCUCACCUGGAGGAGAAGGUGACCAGGGGCUCCAUCUCUCCGGGACUGGCCUCUGAUAUGCUUUUGAAGUCCUUCUUAGUCUCCUCGGCGUAGCUCUCUCUCUUGGAUGGAGGAGAGCGGGGUUGGGACCAGGUCGUCUUCAGGUGGACACACAGCGAUUUUAAAACGACGAGCUUCUGGAUGAUUUUCCGCUCAACUUUUACGUCAUCAGACAAAGAUGUCAUUUCAAGGAGAAGAGAAAGACUGACAGAUGUCACAAGCUGCUACUCUCAACCUCUAACACGGUGGCACCUGAAGUGUAAACAGCAUUUCCUAUCAACGUCUUCUUUUUUUAUCCACGGACUUUAUGGGAUCUGAUAAUAAAGUUGAUCAUGGUGUCUUGUCUCCCCCUCGAUCUCAAAUCGGUUUACUGGGUUAUCGACUUCUUUUUCUCACCACCCCCAUUUUUCCCUUCAGGGUGCUGAAAGAACUAAACACUCCAGUGAAGCACCAUUGUGGAGGUCAGGCUCCUGCAGUUAAAAACACAAAUGUCGAAUGACAUAACCCUCUUAUCUUCCCCGUGAAUGAACUGCGAUUAUUGUUGCCAAGAUUUCAGGGACACGCUUCCGUGCCUCGUUUCAUAAGCACCUCAGUGUUCGGGAAACAUUCUCGCUGCUGCUGAUUUAAACUGGAUAAGUUGAGGUGCUUUUUUUUUCUCCCCCCAAACUUAUUUAUCGCCAUAGUGUUUCUUGGUAAAAUGUGUCUGUGAAUUUCAAGAAACUAUGUGGGUUAAAAGAUGUUUUGAAUAAAUCACAAACGUUGUCGUGCUGUUAUGCCCUCAGCCUGCCACUAGAGGUCUCCCUAAUCUCAGUCAGCCGAGCGGUGUGACCCUGAUAACCGGGUCACUCUCAGAACUGCCUCCUUUAGUUGCCAAGCUGCACUCAAUCCAGCAUCUUCCACCUCUCAGGAGAGCCAUGUUUAGCUGUGAGCAAGUCAAGUCCGCGGUUUUGUCCACGUCUGUGCAGCCGUGCUCAGCGCGUGGAUCCUUUCCCAGGUCACUUCUCAUGUGCCCCUGCCUUCAUAAGCAAGCAAGAAUGCUCCCCGAAUGCAGAUGGCUUCAUGAGGUUCCAGUAACACCCUUCUACUUCAUCACACUGACACACACGCACACACACGCACGCUCACUGUAAAUGUGUGGCGCAUGAGAACAACAUGUCCGUCUGCACUCGUGCACGAGCGAACUCGGUUGUUUCAAGUGUAAACAACGGCAUGCGGUUUUACUCAGCGAGAUUAGCUCUCAUGCUGCUGGAUUGUAUUUGGCCAAUUUAGCCAAAACACAGCGCCCAUCCACAUGUGUUUGGCAUUUGCGCGGCUCCGUUGGAAGUAAGCAGAGGACAAAGACUGGCUCUUUGAUGAGGUUGUUCUGUGUUUCGUGGAGGGGCACAUAUUGACAGUCUUUCCUUUUGUGUCAGCAGUCAGAAUGGCUUCCUGGCUCUGAGCGAAAUGAAACACUGCCCCCAGUGUCAAUACCUCAUAGAUUUCACGUUGUAAAGUGGCCGUCUUAAAAUGCACGUCGUUCACCAGAGAGUUUUUACUGUCUGCUUUGUUCUCGCACCGGAUUGGUUCUCUGAUGAGUCUGAGGGGCUCUAAAACCUUUUAAUCCAGGGUCAUAAUUCUGCGAUGGUACCGUUCCCUGAAGGGAGAGGGCUUUUGCCUGAGAUAGGUCAGUCAGAGUUCCAAACCUGACACUGGCUUUCAGACUGAGAUGGAAUCGAUCGGUGGUUGAUACUUGGUGACGUGCUUCCCGGUAUUUGUUCUGUGCUGCUUGGGAUUUUCUUGUUAUCACCCCCCUGAUUCAUCUCUUCCUCUUCGGCACCUGAGCUUCACCUCAACCACCUUCCUACUCUCUCCAAAUCACUAUAUCAUAGGCAAACAUCAUCGUCCUGGAAUAGCUCAGGCAACCGCCUUGGCAUGAGGGCUGGGUUCAUAGCAUCGAUUUUCUUGGGCAUGACCUGGGAUUAAUGCUUAAAGUGUCUCAAUUCAUUAUUUAAUGUUUUUGGUACCAUAUGUAGAACGUCCUGGUGUUCCAAGCAAAAUGUAAACAUGAGUAUUUAUUAUUUAGUUUUGCUAUUUACAGCUUUAGUUCCUUAAGAAUCUGUUCCAAAUGUAAGCAAAGUGGUUGUACAUAGACUGAACUGUCCCUCCCAAACAGAAUGGAAUCCAGCCCUUGUGAAUUCAGUCAAAUCGAUUUGGGAACUCAAAUCCAAACUCAGCUGGACUUGGCAACAACUGACCCCCGUCCUGAUGACGUUCCCUUGGUAGCAAGCUCCAAACAUCUCGGAACGUCCUCACUCACACACCCACAGUUUAACGGACAUGACACAAUCUGUGACCUUGUUGACCCCACCCUAUAGGUCCCCCGUCCUCUUGAGGCUCAUCUCCUUGACCAAGUGAUUUUCUGUGAGAAAACUUCACGCUAAAGGAUUUGUAUGUAGCGGAACUAUUCGAGUGAAUCCAUGACUGUUGAUCUAGCAGGCUGGAGGCGGAGCUUCCUGACAGGGAAUCUGUCUGGACAUUCUGACUAGGCAAAGAGGCGACACCACAAUUUAAAGCCUUGGAAAAAGUGGAUUCCACUGAGGAGAAUUGGUUUGACAAGGAAACAUCUGCCUUGUUUGCGCUGUCACGUUAAGAACCUCACACCUCCCAUCCGUCUUGCCUCCUCCGUCUCUGGUGGAAACGCAGCUGCUUUAAUAAGUGACUGCGAAGCCUUCCCUCCACACCCACUCCUUAAGACGGAAGGCCACAACGCCAGCCGCGCGCUAAUAGGCUUUGAUAGUUGCUACAAAGUGUGCUUGAAGAUGUAACACUCCACUCAUUAUGUCGCUCUGAAGGGUCACUGCAGCCUCUUUAAAAGGAAGACCCUCGUGGCGCGGCGUCCUAUUAUAUCAGCCGCUGAGAUGGAUGGUAAUGGCAGACCUCGGCGUGUGUGGCGCUUUGGUCGGUCUGAAGUUUCUCUCAUUGCAUGGGCUGAUUCUAUUGAAGCUGCUGAAGGCUUCAAGACAGCGGUGCUGGAAGGCCCCUGGGGGUGUGGGGGGGGGGGCACCCACCUGAGCGAGGGCCGCGCUCCCGCACGUGCUCACGCCGGCCGCGUGCACGUCUCUGGACUGCCUGUGGGCCAGGCCUUCAUCUGCAGGACGGCGUGCGUGGAGCCUCGGCACCAGUAAUUGGACUUUAGAAGUGAUUUGGGAACUUGAUUGACCCCCGGUAAUGGAUUUGAGUGAAUAAUUAUUUGUAGUUAUGGUUGGGAGAUGAUAUCAGGGAGAGGGAGAGAGAGACCAAUCUCACACCAGUGUGACUCACCCCUGCCACAGGAGCAGAGCGCUGCCAGCACUCAAUUAAUGGAAUCCAGCUGCUCGGGCUCCUGCUGCGCAGUGGCUGAUGGGAAACACGCCGGGGUCUGGUCAGGGACGGGUUAGCGCCCAGGAACCUCUCCCCCUCACAAUAGCCACGAUAAAAUCCUCCCUGCUCCAGGUACGAGACAUUAGGGUUUAUAAUGUCUUUAUGAUGUUUUAACGGCCGGUGGCGGCGCUGGGCGCAGCUCACGGCUGCCAUGUUAAUGAGAGCGCUGGAGAUGGCAGGCAGCGCCUCCUCAGGAUACAAAAUGCAAUCACCGCUAAUCCCGCACUUUAAUUGCCGGCCGAGUCCUUGGGAGGGAAUCGGGCCGCCCCGAGGCGCGUGGCCGCACCGAUGGAACGCGUCUGGAUCCCAUGAGCAGAUAGCGGCUCGCUCCGACAACACUCGGAAGAUUCCGUAGACCUUCGCGCUUCCGCCUCUCGCACCUGCCCCUGCCUCUCCAGCCACGCCUGACCCCUCAUUGCCCUGUUGCCAGUCCCCAUCAUGUCACGCUGCCCGCUGAGACCAGGGCUUCAGAGCUUCCGUGUUGUGACGGGUAGCACUCAGCUGCCCACUCUCGGUGGUAACGGGAAGGUUAGCCUGCCAUUACUGUCCGCCACACACACACACUUAAACACACACCUGCCUUUAAAUGCUGCCUUCAACUACGUUACAGAGACCCGUGUCGAAAGAUGGCGAUGCAGCUAAAUGAACGCGCCGUUACAGGUUCCGCUAUUGUCCGUAUCUGUGCACCUGAAUUUAAUACUCAAUGCUAACAUGUGGCGCCAAACUCCUGCUUAAGAAAAUAUCGUAAGCACAUGGAACUACAAACUAUUAUUAUAAAAUGCGACGACUUUGUUGUCAAAUGCUAACCCAGGGGUUGUUAACCCUUUUGACUGAGAAAGCCAAGAAACCCUCUUUGUUUUUAAAUGUAAUUCCUCGAGUGAAGUGAAGCCCAACAAAUUCAGACUUGUGGCUUGAGUUUUUAAAAUGUAUUGCAGCGAUGAAGUUCACACGCGCUAGAUUGAUAGCACCAGCCGAUAUCUAUUGUUAUUUAGUGAUAUUGAAGAGUCACAGAGCAGCAUAUGCUGCUAGUGCUGCCGUUCAUGACGUCACAUCGCGUAGAGCAGCAUUGGUCCCAUCACUGUUGAUAAUAAACUCAGUUACGGUGAGCUAAGCAGUUCCCAUGAUGCUUUGCAGUCCACUCAACCAAUCACAGUGGUGGAUCGCUACAGCAUGGUUCCGCCUCCACAGCCGGUCAGAUGAACAGCACAGCACACUGGGCUGCUGAGCAUCAUGGGAAGUCACCGUUACCGAGGCUGCUGUUGAGGGUGAUGGCACCUUGCGUUACCUCAUAUUAAGGCGUUGAGCAGGAUGAAAACUGCGCUGUGUUCGUAGAAAAAAGGUGGGCGAUGACGUGCACGUGAAGCCUUGUGUUAUUAUAUAUUGUAAACCACAGUCGACAAUGUUUUGCUCUUGUCGAUCCACAUCUUUAGGUUCAUUCUCAGCGUCGAUAUUGUACGUUUUCACAGCGUGUAGUUUCUGGCCUUGUCAGUCGGUAGCUCCUGUUGGGUCUGAUGCUGUUAACCAGCAGCGCGAGACUCUCCAUUAGCUGGCAAGAGCAGCUCUCUGUGGUAAUGACCACUUGCAGUUGCUGCCCUGAGGGGGCUGCUGGACAGAGCAGGCCAACUCUCAACCCUCUCAGCACCUCCAAGACCAUCUGCAGAAAAAGCUGAAAGCUUGCUCCGUCUCUCACCAGCGGCUCUGAGGUAGUCGGACGGCGACUCGUCCCUCGGGGUGCGGCGUCCACGUCUCUAAGCUGACGGACGUUCUUUGUCAUCCGGUUAUCCUUUUACCCCCGGACAAGCUCGGAACAAGACGGCCGCACACUGGUAGUUGAUCAGCGGCUGUUGUUCACCGACAUGUUCCUGGCAAGCGGCGAUGUCCAGGGCAGAACCCCACACCGCCACGCCUGUCAGGGCCAGCGGGCCAGCAUGGGUUUGUCAUGCCGCGCUGACAUUCGGGGGAGCCGUGCCAGAACACCGUGGCACAUUUCGUCCUCCCGGACAAGUGGCGUGGGAGCGAACGUGUCAACUCGGGCAGAUGGGCGGACAGCAGUGCCAGCCGCUCUGGACCGUCCUGGACCACUGGCCUAGCAACUGUCGUCCAGCCAGACAGACUUGGGUCUUAUUGGCAUGUUGGGUGGUGGCAGCUGUUGAUGUAUAGCGCCGAGUCUUUUGGAUCGUUUUGCUGUAUGUCGGUUUUGUUUCCUCGGCCGGGAGGUUGGAAGAAGCUGACCAUUCAUUGAGAGACGCUGUUCAAAUGUAACCAGAUUCUUGAGUUUCAAAUCGGCUGUCAAGCACAGCUGUUUUUUUUUUUAAGUAAAUAUCAGUUUACGCGACUUUCCCUGGCCACUCUCGCUCAGGGUCACUCAUGGAUGAAGUGGUUCAGUAGCUGCUGUGACGGCAACGUCAAUAUUGCUCCGAAAAUAAAAACGUCAUCUUAUAAAGACUGGUUAAAAAUGAGGAGUGGUUUGAUGUUCAUAACUAACAUGAGCUUCACAAAACCACUCAACAGGUUCAACUGCCUGUUUGAUUUAAACGUACCAAGCCGUUUAUUCUGAAUAUUUUGGCGACAAAGACGUAUGAAUUCAAGAUCUAGCUAACAGUAACUUAGUUGUCUGCAACUUCCGAUUUGAAUUUAAGGGCAGAUCUGAUUAUCAUCGCAACAAAGACGUCCGUACUUGGCCUUGGCAGAAGGUCUCGCGCUCUGCAAGUGCCCUUCUAGUUUCUGAGCUGGCAGUCCCGGACUUCCCAGAUGGUCUGCCUUUUUUUUUCUUUUUUUUUAUCACCAAAUGUAAUCAUCCUUUUAAAGCUAAUGUAUGACCAGAAUUAAAACACAAACAGGCCGAGGAGGAGGUGGAGGAGCAGGGACACGGCCGGAUGAUUUGCGAGCCCAUACAUUUCUGCGUGUGGAUAAAUCUUCCGUCGUUCCAUUAUGCAUGUUGGUGUACACCUUUUGUGUGUGUCGGAGCAAGUGUGUGAUGUUCCUGCUGUGAGGGAGGCCCAUUAAUCUUUGCUAAAUCAAAUAAAUCAAGUGCACUUUAGAAAAGAGCUGUCAGUGUAAUUGUUGUGAUAGUCGCUCCCCGACCACUCCAGGGGGAGCGCUUUUGAAAUAGGUGCCAGGGAAUGCACACUCAUCUCUCUCUCAAAAAAAAAGGCUGACUCUUGAAUGAGGAUGUGUGAAGCCACCCAGAAGGACCAUGAAUGAGUGAUGGGGAGCUUCACAGAAGAGAAGCAGCUCCAGCAGCGUAGAUAUGUAGUCGCAACUAUCGAGGGUUUAUUGGUCGCCGUCACUCCGAACUAGGGAGAGGCCAUGUGCACACAAAAAAAUGAUCAUGGCACGACGACGAUACGAUUUUCAUUCUAUUCCAUGUGUUGCCGUCUCUGUUGAAACUGUUUGGAGUUUGUCUCCAACAUCAUUAUUUGUUUAUGUUUCAAUAUAAUAGUGAACUAAGUGUAGAGAUGAGAAACUCAAUGUUUCAGGUCUCUGGUAGAAGCCGCUGGUGUCUGACAGACUGCUCUGCCAGCUUUAUUUAGGGGUUAAAUUGAGCCGUCUGUCUGCUGUGUCUCAUGUCUCUGAACAGUUGACUUGAAGUAUGGAUCAUUUCCUCGAUGCUAUUGAAGAAAUGUUAGAAAUCAUGUGAAGAAAAGAUCAUUUAGUCAUAUUCUAUUCUCCAAAUCAUGAUACCAACAGUCCUUUGUCUUGUGUGACGAAAAACCUUUUCACAAUUCUCUCCCCUAAGAUUUCACUCAUACUUUGACAGCUUUAGAAUUUGUUGAUGGUCCCUAACUGAUGCCGGGUCGUAGCAUUAGCGCUGCCUGUGAGAGUGUGUCCAUGAUCAGUGAACCCUAAUGGAGACGCGAAGGUGGACGCCGCCGCUAGUGGAGUGGAGCUCUGUCCAAUAUCCAAGUAUUUUCACCAGCGCAGCAGGAGACCUGCAUGUGUCGAUGUGAACCAAGGCAGUCGACCGCGUCAGAGAACCUAUGAGGACCACUCCACCAACACACACCCAGAGACUCAGUCGACCAGUGUCAUUAUCAAAGGUUCCCUGGACUGAAAAUAAGUUUAAAGCUACGAUCGUGAACCAAAGUCCACGACACUCUCCACAACUGUCAAACGCUGCGGAGCUGGAGAGCGCGGCGCGCCGUCGCGGUCUUGUCCUGUUCAUGUAUUCAAGUCCAAUGCAGUGCUGCAUAUUUAUCGAAUUU